GUGCCCAGGAUUCGACAACGCCCUGGGGCAUCUUUGGUCUCCGCGUCCCCGAGUAAACACAAUCGCUAGGGAAGGGCGGCCCAUCCCUCUCGCGCCCAAGUAUUAUCAGCCACGUGUGUGUCAACCGCAGCAAGGUGCAGCUGCGUUCACCUGCCCGCCGAGCCACACAGGUGUGCCACAGGCACGCACCGCGCCUGGCUGAACAACGCCACAACGCCCGCCCGGCGAUAUUUAACCGAGCGACGUCGCCGGCGCUGGUGGUGUCGACGCCCGAUGGAAUGCGCAUUACGCACGCCGGCGACUUGAGCGGCCGGUCGCACGAGUGUCGCCGGCGAGCUCGGAGUCUUGCCCCGAGCCGCAGGGAGAGGCGGAGGCAUGUUCCACCGUUCCGCGACGCACCUCUCGCUCAUCGUUUCCUGAGUGCGCUCCCCGUUCUCGCGAGCUCGCACGCUCCGUCCCCCGUCGCUUCCCGCGACACCGCAAAGCUCCGCGUGAACCCCAGCGUCGAGUCGGACGGGACCCUCUCUGCUCGUCGCCUGACCGGCUGUGUGACUCACAGCGGGCAAAGAUGACGUCCGAAUCGCAGAACAUUUACAUGCAGCCCAUCUCGGCCACGCUGCCGCUGGGCUCCAAGGUCUUCUGGAGGCUCAGUGGAAACAUCAUCAUAGCAGAGGUGACGCUGGGAGCCCUCGUGUGGAUCCUGGUGGCGGCCACGGGGAUGACCCAAAACCUCCACCAGGGUUGGGUGAUGUUCGUCGCCGUCACUUUCUGCUUCUGCUCCAUCGUGCAGUUCUUCCUCUACGGGACGAGCGUGCCCGAGUCCCUCGACCUGCCCUGGCUACUCAUGGAGUGCGUCUACAACAUACUUGCCUUCUCCAUGUACCUGAGCGCCGCCGUGCUGCUGGCAAACCUCUGCGUCCUGCUGGGCAAACAGGACAUGCUCGUCAUCAUGGACAACUACAUCUACGGGCUAAGCGUCGCGGCCGUGUUGUUCGCCCACCUCGUCACGCUCCUCUACGGCAUCAGCGCCGUCAUCAGCGUCCGCCGGCUGCGCUUCAACUGAAGGAGCAACCACGCUUCUCUGGGCGGCCGUCACUCGCUCGCUGCGGAACCCCCCUGCCACGCUCGCCCGCUCUCUCUCUCUCGCCUGCCGCCGGUCUUAAUUUCCACGAGAGAAUUAGUGACGGGAAUGUUUGUUUUGUGUUUUUUGAGACAACGGUGACUUUGAUUGAACGGAAACCCGAACCCCCACGACUGCAGUUUGAUGUCCCCCCCCCCUCACUCUGUUGUCCCCCCUUCCCCACUCUGUUGUCCUUCCCCCGCACCUGCGAUUAGCGCGGUUGGCUACGUACGGUGCGAAAGAAGUUGAACGCGCGUGCGUGCUGCCCAGCACUGACCGUAGCGAGACCGUGACGAGACGGCGUGAGCCGAGUCUGUGUGAAGACGCAGACUCAGACCUUCUCGGUCACGUUACGGGAGGGCGCAGGGCACCGCGGAAGACCACGCGUGGUAAUUGGCUGCACGCUUACAUUUCUUAUUUGCUGGGCUCACUACUCAGCUCACAGCUGACCGUCUUCGGGGAGCAGUGGUGGGGUGGUUUGCGUGCCUCUCACACCAGCUCGUCGGCUCAGAGAAUGACCAGUCGGCAGGCAAGGCCUCAGCGCAGAUGCCAGGUUGUCGGGUUGUCGCCGACGAGGCUAAGAUUGUGACCAAAAUAAAAUGAAUAGAAAUUGCGACCGCACGAGGAUGGCGAGCGAGCGUUCGGUGGGGGUGCAGCGGGGGGGGUCCGGGCCAGGCGUGGCGUCGCCGUUCCAUCAAUCGAUGGAUUUAGCGCGGCGCUGCCUCGACAUCGGCUCUAAUUCCGGAGCGGGAUUCACCGCGGUCUCAUCCCCUCCCUCGAGGGGUGGAUGAGGCCCCGCAGCAUCUCGCUCACGCCAGCGCUCUCCAAUAAACCCCUUCCGCUGUUUCCACAAAGACCGAUUUAGCCCAUAUCCAGCUUGAUUUCGCAUUGCAAACGAUACGAAAAAUAUAUUUUAAAACAAAUUUUACGCGUCUAAAAUUUGGAGGAAAAAUAACAACCCAUCACCGAAACCGCUGAAGUUCGUAAGCCAAUUCCAGAACCAGGACCCACGACGCCAUGGCGACGGAAAUCGUCGCUGCGCGGUGCCGAACUCAAGCGGUCCUGUGCGGUGCGUGGCCUUGACCCGGCGGCUGUUCCACUUUUGAGCUUUGGGACAGCGAUUUCCAUCUUUUCUCAUUUCAGUUUGUCGUCUUCUCUACCAGCUCGUUAGAAUGUGGGCUCACGGGAUACCCCCCCCCUCCACCCCCCACGUUAUGUCGACGGCCACGCUGUGUCGUUGAUGGGCAGAAUAUACAGCGAGUAAAGCAAUGCCAUGGAUAUUCUUAGUUGAAGUUUUUGGUUUGUUCGCUAUUGCAAUUAGUGUAAUCGUGGGGUUAUUAGUUACAAGAGCACGGGGAUCACGGUGAGAACGGAAAUCGUGAAUUAAUUAUACUCCGUGAAAUCUUUUAAAUAAAGAAAUUGGAGGAGCGGCGGUGGGGGGGGGCACUUUGGGUGACCGUUAUACUCGCAACUCACAAUCACCACGCCAAGUUCACAUCCCGGGUCGUGACCUCGUGCUGCUGCGAAGAUUUCGCCGUCGCUCCGAACCGAAAAGGCACCGCGUGUGAUCGCGGCCGCUGCUGACGCGAUAGGAAUCUGUACAGCUGCAAAUGAAAUGUACGCCUUGUCUGCUUUAAUAGGCAUGUAUGUUGCUGUAGUAGCCUCGCUCGAGUUACGCAAAAAAAAAACAAUAAUCAGUAAAUGUAAUACACGGCCUGCUGUAUUUGUAUAGGAUAAAUGAAUGCAAUUCGUAGCCUAAUGUAACCCGUAUGGCGACAUCACAUUGCAGUAAGACCACAUUAAAAUAUGGGAUGUGAAAUCAAAAUAAGUCCGCGUAUUACCGUCACACAAGUUAACGUAAUAAAGAAAUGCCCCGUGAA